GCUAUCCGGAGGACAAAAGCAAAGAAUUGCCAUAGCCAGGGCCAUCUUGAAGGCCCCGAAAAUCCUUCUUCUUGACGAAGCAACAAGCGCUCUGGAUGCUGAAUCAGAACGCGUUGUACAAAAUGCACUUGACAAUGUUAUGUCCAACCGAACAACUGUGGUUGUUGCUCAUCGUCUGACCACGAUCAGAAACGCUGAUCUUAUUGCAGUUGUUCAUUUGGGGAAACUCGUUGAGCAGGGAACUCAUUCUGAGUUGAUCAAAGAUCCCGAGGGGGCUUAUUCCCAGCUAGUUCGUAUGCAGGAAGGUGCAAAACAAGCUGAAGAACCUAAAGGAUUUGACACAGAAAAGGUGGAUAUGAGUCUAGAUUUAAAUGAAAACAUAGGCAGGUCUUUAAGCCAGAGAUUAUCCGGGAGGCAAUCCUCAAGCAGAGGAUCAUCUGGUCGUCGACAUUCCUUCACACCAAUCAUUAAUGUUCCGGGCCUCAUCAGUAUGCAUCAAAUUGAAUGUGGAGAGGAAACAAUAGAAGGAGAUUGUGUAGAUAGUGAAAAGGGUAAGAAAGUUUCGAUGAAACGAUUGGCCAGCCUUAACAAACCAGAGCUGCCAGUUCUGGUGCUCGGAUCCAUAGCUGCAGCUGUACAUGGUGUGAUCUUCCCUGUAUUUGGACUACUAAUCUCAUCAGCAAUCAAAAUUUUCUACGAACCGCCUGGUGAGCUAAAGAAAGACUCCAGGUUUUGGGCAAUCAUGUAUCUCUUACUUGGACUUGUUACUCUGGUGGCUGUACCAGUACAGAACUAUUUCUUUGGAGUAGCAGGUGGGAAAUUGAUACACCGAAUUAGAUUCUUGUCGUUUCAAAAGGUCGUGCACCAGGAAAUUAGCUGGUUUGACGAUCCAGCAAAUUCAAGUGGUGCAAUUGGUGCUAGGCUAUCGACAGAUGCUUCGACUGUGAAGAGUUUGGUGGGUGAUGCCUUGGCGCUGAUUAUCCAGAACCUAUCAACGGUGACAGCCGGCCUCGUGAUAGCGUUUACGGCUAACUGGAUUUUGGCGAUUAUAAUUCUGGUUGUGCUGCCCUUGGUAGGUUUGCAAGGGUUCCUCCAGAUGAAGUUCUUCAAAGGGUUUAGUGCAGAUGCUAAGGUGAUGUAUGAAGAGGCAAGCCAAAUUGCAAAUGAUGCUGUUGGAAGCAUCAGAACAGUGGCAUCAUUCUGUGCUGAAGAAAAAGUGAUGGAUAUGUACCAAAAGAAGUGUGAGGCACCCAUGAAACAGGGAAUGAGGCUUGGAAUUGUCAGCGGUGCUGGCUUCGGAUUCGGUUCUUUUGCCCUCUUUUGCACUAAUUCUUUCUGUUUCUUCAUUGGAUCUGUUCUUGAGCAACAUGGGAAAGCAACAUUUGGAGAAGUUUUUAAGGUUUUCUUUGCUCUGACAAUGUCAGCAAUUGGGGUAUCUCAAACAACAGCAAUGGCUCCAGAUUUGCAUAAAGCAAAGGAUUGUGCUGCCUCUAUUUUUGAGAUUCUAGACAGAAAGCCCAAGAUUGAUUCAAGCAGCAAUGAGGGCACAACAUUGACUUCUGUAAAGGGUGACAUAGACUUCCACCAUGUUAGCUUCAAGUAUCCAACAAGACCCAAUGUUCCGAUUUUCAAAGAUUUGUGCUUAACCAUUCCCUCUGGCAAGACUGUUGCUCUUGUUGGAGAAAGUGGUAGUGGAAAAUCAACAGUAGUUAGUCUAAUAGAGAGGUUCUACGAUCCUGACUCUGGCCGUAUACACUUAGAUGGAGUAGAAAUCCAAAAGUUCCAGCUAAGCUGGCUAAGGCAACAAAUGGGGCUUGUAAGUCAAGAGCCAGUACUCUUCAACGAAACAAUCCGAACCAACAUUGCUUAUAGCAAGCAAGGAGAAGCAACCGAGGAAGAGAUCAUUGCAGCUGCGAAGGCUUCAAAUGCACACAACUUCAUAUCAGCACUCCCUCAGGGCUAUGACACCUCUGUAGGCGAACGAGGCGUACAGUUAUCUGGUGGACAGAAGCAACGAAUAGCCAUUGCAAGGGCGAUAAUGAAGGAUCCAAAAAUCCUUCUGCUUGAUGAGGCUACGAGUGCUCUCGAUGCAGAAUCAGAGCGGAUAGUACAGGAAGCGUUAGAUCGAGUGAUGGUGAACAGGACGACAGUGGUUGUUGCUCACCGGCUAGCCACGAUUAAAGGGGCUGAUGUUAUUGCUGUUGUGAAGAAUGGGGUGAUUGCUGAGAAGGGAAGACAUGAUGUGCUUAUGAACAUCACUGAAGGGCUGUAUGCAUCCCUGGUUGCACUUCAUAUGAGUUCAACCUAAUACAUCAUUUUUGAAAGCUACAUAUUAUGUAUUCAAAUCUAUUUAUUUUCAUUUCUGCUAUGAGAUAUCCUUCCUUUUAUUCCUCUAAUGUAAAAUCUCGU